GUCUGGUAUACUUAUCUACGCACGAAUUUUCCACGAAUUCUCUACGAAAAUGGCCCGCACCAAGCAGACAGCCCGCAAAUCGACGACAAUCGGAGGCAAGGCCCCACGCAAAACAAUGGCCGUAUUCAAGCAUCCUGGCAAGCGUAUGCAAAAACCGCCGACGUCAACCGGAGGAGUCAAGAAGCCCCAUCGCUACAGGCCCGGCACCGUUGCUCUUCGUGAAAUCAGACGUUACCAGAAGAGCACCGAGCUUCUCAUCCGCAAAAUGCCCUUCCAGCGUUUGGUCCGUGAAAUCGCCCAAGAUUUCAAGACUGACUUGCGUUUCCAGAGCUCUGCUGUGAUGGCUCUUCAAGAAUGUGCCGAGGCUUACCUCGUCGGCCUCUUCGAGGAUACCAAUAUCUGCGCUAUCCACGCCAAGCGAGUCACGAUCAUGCCCAAGGACAUACAGUUGGCCAUAAGAAUUCGUCGUGAGCGAGCGUAAAAUUAUGAAAAAUAAAGUUACGCCAACUUUUACAUUACAUGACAGAAUGUAAAACACUACAACGAAAAUUAAACAGCCCUUUUUAGGGCUA